AUGACGAAUUACUCGACCUUCUCUGAUGGAAACGAAACUGGCUCUGAAGCCGGAGCCAUGGCACGACCAAAAAGAGGGCGCAGCCCCAAAGGAGGAGGCCAGGCCUCUAUGAUGAGCAGCAACAUCAACCUGCUCAAUACGAUCGUUGGCGCCGGAACCCUAGCGAUGCCCCACGCCAUGUCACAGAUGGGAAUGCUGCUGGGAACCUUCAUAAUAGUAUGGUCGGGCAUCACCUCUGCAUUUGGGCUCUAUCUCCAGGCCCGGUGCGCCCGAUACCUCGACAGGGGCAGCUCGUCUUUCUUUGCGCUGUCACAGCUCACAUACCCCAAUGCGGCCGUCAUAUUCGAUGCCGCGAUCGCCGUAAAAUGCUUUGGAGUCGCUGUCUCCUAUUUGAUCAUCAUUGGCGACCUGAUGCCAGGCGUCAUGAGGGGGUUUAAUGAAGCCGCAGACCAGGUCCCCUUCCUGGUCGACCGGAACUUCUGGAUUACGGCAUUUAUGCUCAUCAUCAUACCACUUAGCUUUUUGAGAAGACUGGAUUCACUCAAGUACACGAGCGUCAUUGCGCUCAUCUCCAUCGGAUACCUAAUCGUCCUCGUUGUCUACCACUUCGCCUCGGACUCGGUGGAAAACCGCGGCGACGUCAGUUACCUCGCUUGGAACGGGCCCAUACCCUUUCUUAGCAGUUUGCCCGUGGUGGUCUUUGCCUACACCUGCCAUCAGAAUAUGUUCUCUGUCAUUAACGAGAUCAAGGACAACACACCAUCCAGCAUCGUUGGAGUCAUCUCGUCCAGCAUCGGAUCCGCAGCGAGCAUAUAUGUCCUGGUUGCGAUCACGGGCUACCUGACAUUUGGCAACACUGUUUUGGGCAACAUCGUCAUGAUGUAUCCUUCGUCCGCAGCCUCGACCAUCGGCAAGGCCGCUAUCGUCGUGUUGGUCAUGUUCAGCGUUCCACUUCAAGUCCACCCCUGCCGGGCAUCUCUUGAUGCAGUGCUCCGGUGGCGGCCCAACCGCACUCAACGCGGUCCAGAGUCCCCGAGCAACCGCUCCCUCCUCCCGACGGGCUCUGGGCCAACCGACAGCCAUGGUGCGCCGGCCGUGUCUAUGUCUGAUAUGCGUUUCGCACUCCUCACAACGUUCAUCAUCGUGCUGGCAUACAUCACCUCCCUCACCGUGAGCCAGCUCGACCGUGUGCUCGCAUAUGUCGGCGCCACAGGGUCAACCUCCAUCAGCUUCAUCCUUCCCGGGCUGUUCUAUUACAAGAUCAGUGACCCGGAUAGUAUCCAUCACCAGAGGCUCACCAAGGAAGACGACGACGUGGACGCGAACGACAGCGACGACACUGAUAUUGGGUUUGAGCCAAGCGGCUCAGGCAUCCUGGAGGCCGGUGGGAGCAUUCGCUCAGGAGGAGUCAGUGCCGGCUACGGUGGCUGGUGGAGGAUGCGAAAGAGGUGGAGGUGGGACUUGGAACACAUCGAGCACGGGUUGCUGAGGAGGCUAGCUCUGUGCCUGGCCAUUUAUGGCAUGUGUGUCAUGGUUGUGUGUCUUGUGUUGAACACCUUCUUCACUGUGGCACACUGA